CUUCCAUUCAGCCUCAACAAGCAAAAGAGGACGGGGAUCAUCAGGAAAGAUGUUUUUUGUGGCGGGGGCCAAAAAUACAGCAGGAGCAGGCAGAGGAAAUGAAAGGAGGUCAAUCUACCAGAAAUUUCGUGAGGUAGAUUUAUUGGACAAGAAGAAGACAGUGACAGCUCUAAAGCCAGGUGAAGAUCGUGCCAUUCUCCUGGGACUCGGAAUGAUCCUCUCUUCAGUCAUGAUGUACUUUGUCCUGGGGAUCACUAUAUUACGCUCCUAUGCAGACAGUGUGUGGACAGAGGAGGGUGUGUGUGUUGUACUCAACUCCACGGUCACAGCAGACAUGAACUGUUCCUACAACUGUGGGUCAGACUGCUGGAGAGUCUCCAAAUACCCGUGUCUGCAGGUCUACGUGAGCGUCAAUAACACGGGCCGGGUCAGCCGUUUAUCUCACAAUGAGGAGACCCAGGACAUCAGCUCUGAAUGUUUCUACGUGCCCAGGUGCCAGAAAGACAGUGUGGCCAUGCACGUCAUGAUUAUGAACAUCUCCGAGCAUCUGAAGGUGAACCAGAAGGUCCCCUGUUACUACGACCCCAGCGAGCAGCAGGAGAUGGUUCUUCUGACACGGCUGUACGACCACAGUGUCGUCUUCCACUCGCUGCUCUGGCCCUCCUGCAUGCUAAUGGGAGGGGCCCUCAUCAUCGUGAUGGUGAAGCUCACGCAGUACCUCUCCAGGCUGUGUGAAGAGUUAGGGAAGAUCAAGAGGUGAAACACGUGCAGCAAGCAUACGGUCGUUUGGUGAUGGACAUAUGACAUGAAAAGGAUAGUUUGAAACAAAUUACCUUGCUGUGACUUUUUGCAAACAUUCUUCUUCUGCUGAGACAUUUGGAACAGGCGACUUUGUCUCCAGAUGGAGGAUGUGACUAUUUGUAAAAGUGAACUGAAUGUUCCAGGGCAGAAACUGUCAGACAUGUAACUGGCAUGUAA